UCUGUUCUCCUCUCAAAAGCGGCCUGUUGUCCAUCGCAGUCCUUACAGACUUCCACCUCGUUUGGCGAUGGCUCCUUCCGCAGUAUACACUGCCCCUACCUCCUCGCAGGUUACGAUCCAGGUGCAGGCUCAGGAGAAGCCUGCCGUCGCAGCCGCCGUUCCCGCAAGAGGCCCUGCACUCGCUAUCGGCUCCCCCGCGACUGCGCAGGAUGGCAAGUAUCAGGCUUUGAUCACAUCUUUGGCGGAUUCGCGCGAGGUUGAGAGGCAUAUGGUCGACAGGUUGCUCGACGGAGCCACAACUCUCCCUCCCUCCAAGUUCGCAUCUGUGCAUGUCUCACUGUCCCCGCCUGAGUACGAAAACCUCGCGCCAAGGAUAUCCGACCUCCUUGCGCAGCUGCUGAAGGGCCUCGAGCCGCUAGGCACGCUCCACCUCCUCAACCUUGGCGCCUCCCUCCCCACUCUUCCCUCUGACCUCACCCUCGCCGGUUUUACCGUCCUCAGCGCGACGCAGGAGGGCGCCCUCAUCGCGCAAAAGCCCGCACACACCACAGGGGCAUCUACCUCCAUCAAAACCGCUUCCGUCGCCGCACUCCCCCUGCGGCGGAAGGCAGACCCGGCGAAGAAGGCGUCGAAGAAGGCGCUAUGGACGCUCAGCGCACCCGCUACGCCAACCAUCGACGCGGAGAGUCUUCUGACCCCCGCGGACCGUGAGCGGCCAGCGGCGUGCGAGCCUGCGGUCCGCGGUGCACCCCGGCGGAAGAAGGCGUGCAAGAACUGCACGUGCGGGCUCGCGGAGCUGGAGGCAGAGGAACUUGCGCAGAGCAAGGUCGUGCUGCUCGACGGCAAGGUCGACGGGCAGGCCAUCGAGGUGUCACAGGCUGAGAAGGAGCGUCUCGUGGCUGCCGCGGCGGCAGCACCCAAGGCGACGAGCAGCUGUGGAAACUGCUACUUGGGAGACGCAUUCCGGUGCUCGAGUUGCCCGUACCGAGGAUUGCCCGCCUUCAAGCCCGGUGAGAAGGUGGAGAUCGAUCUGGGGAUGGACGAUAUCUAAUCCCCGAUACCUGUCUGGGAAGCUGACCUCUUGGUAUCCAUAUUUUUGUCGUUAUAAGACACUAGUACUGUGCUAGUUAGAUGUAUCACAACCUUUGUAUCUUUGCAAGCCUUUGAAUCGUCAAACCAUCCUCUC